GCCGCCGCCGUCAGUCGCGCCUCAGGCCCCGGAGGGGCUGCACGUGUCCUCGCACCCGCCUCGCGACUUAUGUAACCAUCCACGGUGAGUCCACAGCCUCCGGCCCUCGCCUCCCACGACCCCGUGACUCGAACCCGCUGCGCCCGCCACCGCCGCGCGUGUCGACCGCUCGUGCCGCUCGUAUCGACUGAUAGUCAUCGUGGCUCGCGCCCGCGGCUCGCGGCUACUCUUGCUCCAACUGUCACCUAGUGCCGUAAUCGUCAGCUGAGAGGUGACAUAAUCAAUGCAAUCCAUCGACGUGCGACACGAGCCAACUUCACAAUAUUAUAUAAGAAUUAGACAAAUAUAGAUAAGAAUUCGAGCAAACGACGAAGCGCCUUGAAUCGAUACAUCAAUUACGUUAGAUAAUUUAAAUUAAGUUAAAAGUUAGUGUAGACAAGUGGCAAGGUGUGCGGGGUUGUGACUGACUCGGUGACUAGCAGCCGUGACGUGUUGCCGCGUGCGUGUAUAGCGGAGACGCUGGUGGUGGUGGUGUUCGAUGCGCGGGUGUGGCGUGGUGCGCGUCGGCCGUCAGAGGGCGUGAGAGCGACGCGCGCGUGCGCGUGGGACCAGCAAGAUUGAGGUGGUGGCCGGGUGCGGUUGGGGAAGGCGCGCGCGCGUGCGGCCGCUGCACGCGCUGGGCCGCGCGGCCGGCAUGCUGGCUUCGCAGCGCUCGCAGUCGUGCAACGAAGAGGGCGCGUUCUUCGGGGCGCGCGCGCUGCGAAGGCCUCGCGGCAAGGGCAGCGGCAGCCCGCCCUGCUAGGGGUACGCCAUGUCGCUGCGCAGCCUACACCGGCGGCUCUCCUCCGCCAAUAACACAUGCGAAGAUGGUGGAGGCGGCGCGGCGACAGGCACCGGCGGCCGGGCGGCAUCGCUGCGGCUCGCGAACGGGCGCGUGGCGGCCCAGUCCGCGGAGCAGCUGCCGCAUUCGCCGGCAGACUGCGCCUCCGUGCGCAUAUCCAUCGACAACACCAACACCUGCUGCACCGACUCGCUCGUCACCGCCCUCGACGACGAGACGCUGCUUCUAGGCGACGCGGACAUGUCGCUGAAGCAGGGCAGCGGGACCGGGAAAGUCCACUUUGGUGGUCUGGAUGAUGUGUCCUUGUACGGCACGCCUGUGGAGCCAGCCCCCCCGGCUCCGGACGCCAAGCAGGGCUUCCUGCGGAACCAACUCCAGGCGCUCUUCCAGCCCACCGACAACAAGCUCGCCAUGAAACUCUUCGGUUCAAAGAAAGCACUCAUGAAAGAGCGUAUCAGGCAGAAGGCAGCCGGCCAUUGGGUCAUACAUCCGUGCAGCAGUUUCAGAUUCUACUGGGACUUGUGUAUGCUGUUACUGCUCGUGGCCAAUCUAAUCAUCCUGCCAGUUGCCAUCUCCUUCUUCAACGACGACCUCAGCACGCGCUGGAUUGCCUUCAAUUGUCUUUCCGACACCAUAUUUCUUAUAGAUAUCGUUGUUAAUUUUAGAACAGGAAUUAUGCAGCAAGAUAAUGCAGAACAAGUGAUAUUAGAUCCCAAGUUAAUAGCAAAGCACUAUUUGAGGACAUGGUUCUUCCUUGACCUCAUCUCUAGUAUACCACUAGAUUAUAUAUUUUUGAUCUUCAAUCAGGUAAACGAUUUUAGUGAAAGCUUUCAAAUACUCCACGCGGGCCGAGCGUUAAGGAUACUCCGGUUAGCCAAACUACUGUCACUGGUCCGGUUACUUCGACUCUCCAGGCUUGUGCGAUAUGUCUCACAAUGGGAGGAAGUAUAUAUCUUGCAGAAUCUUCAAAAAAAGCGCACGGAACGGAGGGGACGUCUCAGCUCCGACAUAGCCAAAAAGAAGGGUGACACCAAAAGCAAUCUGAUCUUCAAGUUUCUCAACAUGGCGUCAGUUUUCAUGCGGAUAUUUAAUCUGAUCUGCAUGAUGUUAUUGAUCGGGCACUGGUCCGGUUGUUUGCAGUUCCUGGUUCCUAUGUUGCAAGGAUUUCCACCAAAUUCAUGGGUCGCAAUAAAUGAACUUCAGGAAGCAUUCUGGCUGGAGCAGUACUCGUGGGCGCUGUUCAAAGCGAUGUCGCACAUGCUGUGCAUCGGUUACGGUCGGUUUCCCCCGCAAUCACUCACCGACAUGUGGCUCACAAUGCUCUCCAUGAUCUCCGGGGCGACGUGCUACGCUCUCUUCCUUGGUCACGCCACCAAUCUUAUCCAGAGUCUUGACUCAUCACGCAGACAGUAUCGCGAAAAGGUGAAACAAGUAGAGGAGUACAUGGCAUACCGCAAACUUCCGCGCGAAAUGAGACAACGCAUCACGGAAUACUUCGAGCAUCGGUAUCAAGGCAAAUUCUUCGAUGAAGAAGUAAUCCUUGGUGAACUAAGUGAGAAGCUGCGUGAAGACGUCAUCAACUACAACUGCCGUUCGCUUGUCGCUUCUGUGCCAUUCUUCGCCAACGCUGAUUCUAACUUUGUUUCGGACGUCGUCACCAAGUUACGUUACGAAGUUUUUCAACCUGGCGAUAUCAUCAUAAAAGAAGGUACCAUCGGAAGUAAAAUGUACUUCAUCCAAGAAGGCAUAGUUGACAUUGUAAUGGCUAAUGGUGAAGUAGCGACAAGUUUAUCAGACGGUUCCUACUUUGGCGAAAUCUGUUUGCUGACGAACGCACGCCGGGUGGCAUCCGUCCGUGCCGAAACCUAUUGCAAUCUGUUUUCACUGUCAGUCGACCACUUUAAUGCAGUGCUCGACCAAUACCCACUGAUGCGGCGAACGAUGGAGAGCGUCGCAGCAGAACGACUGAACAAGAUAGGAAAGAAUCCAAACCUGGUGGCGCACCGCGAGGACGACACCACCUCCGAAGGCAACACCAUCAACGCGGUGGUGAACGCGCUCGCCGCCGAGGCGGAGCACGUGAGCCUCUCGGACGACAGCGUGGCGAGACUGUCGGAGCGCUCGCUGGGCCUAGCGCUGCAGCCGCUGCAGGCGGCCUCGUGUCGCAUGGCGGGCGUCGCGCUCCCCGGGCUCGGCGUGGCGGCAGCCGCGCUACCACGACCCAAGUCGGAGCACGACUUCAGCUCGGCGCAGGCGCAGCAGCCGGCGCUCUCGGCCGCUAGCGCCGCCUUCCACAAGUCGGACGCGGGCAUCGCGCCCUGACGCCGCACCGUGUGCUAGUGCGGCCCAGCGGCCAGCCGGAGCCCGAUCGAUAGCAAUACUAGGCUUAGUGCGAGCGAGCCGCGCCCGCCCGGCCCGCCUCGCUAGUUGUAGCGUAGAACGAGUAUUAUAGCUGCGACUUCGCCGGGCGCACGCCACCCGCGCCGCCCGUUGAAUCUCAUUUUGUGAUCUUAUACUUAAUUCUCCUGUGUUAUAAUUUAGGUUAAAUUUUAUAUCAUUGACGCUGUGAAGAAUCGAUGAAUACGUGACGUAUUCCGAUUGUAUAGUUAUACCUGUUAAAAUAUAUUGAAGAAUGAUAACUAUUGAAUCUUUAUAGAGAUACCUUGCCAUUAAAUAAAAGAAGAAAUUAAUUAUAUAGACUAGACUGAAAUGUAAAGAUAUCACUAUUUUAUGCUUUGUUGGCGUACAAAAUAGACCUUUAUUGUUGAUGCGGAAUAUUUUAUCCCAGAGGUAUAAGAGUUUGAAGUGUAUAAACGUUCCUGAUAAUCACGAUUCGGAGACUACGUUAUAUUCAAGGUUAUUUAUAAAUGAUAUAAAUAUAAAUGAUAUGAACACUUGUCGCGAGGACACGUAGAGAGCGAGGAGUAGCUGCGUGGCGCAGAGUCGCGUCGAUAUGGAAUUGAUUCCCAAGUGCCCAGCGAGUGCGCGCUCGCCGCACGUAAUGUAUUCAGUAUGACUGCUGUGCAACCUGUCUUCAAGACGAUAGAUUAUAAACCGUGUAGCGGGUAGCGCCGCGCCGCUUUUCACGCUCUUGUACCACCAACCAGUAACCACUACCACGUACCACGUACCAUGUAACAUGUGCACAAACGACGCACAAUUACUGAGCGAGCCUCACGCGUCAUCCCGACGGCACGUUACAUUCUUCAUUUUAGUUAUAAGUAGUCAUAUCUACAGAUAAAUUGGCAUAAUUAGCGCGAAAAUCAUCUCGGUUUCCUAUGUAGUGGUGGAUCAGUAGCGCUUCGAAUCUUUCGAAAAUAAUUUCUGUAUGUAAAUAUUGUACCUAUUAUCGAAGUUUCGCCUUUAGCGCGGUUCGUUUCGUCGGAGUGUUUGGGAGCGUUCGUUCGACCGGUCCAGUCAAUUAUUCCAUGUUGUCGUGAUGCGAGACGAACGUAUCGGUUCUCAAUGCACUACAUUUCAUAACUUUGUUUUAAUUGUAGGUGAAGAUAAUUUAUUGGCGAUAGUGAUUUUGUAGGAAUAAGUAGGCCAGAGCGUUAACAAAUUCGGACGAAUUACAUUAUGUGAUAGAGCAGCUGCGGGCUGCAGUGUGCAGUUGUGCAGUGCGCCGGCGCCGGCCGGCGGCUCGGCGACGCCACCACCGUACCACAGUACCACUCACGUGUAGCUGUACCUGCUCUCUCUAGCGGACUGCAUGGCUACAUGCUUCUACUCUGGUUCUCAGACUAAUCUAUCGUUUUACUUCCACAAUAGACACUUUAGUUACUUGCGUAAAGCUUAUAGGAGACGCUCGUCAAUUUUCAAAUAACUAUAGUAGUGUUUAGGUGAAGUUAUUGUACAAUGAAGUACAUAUCGUAGUCUAGCUCGGAGGAGAAUAGUUUGGUCGCCGAGCCGACGGCCGCGCCGGUGGCACCACCGCGGCACGAGUCAUCGUUGACUAAUUCUUAUAGUGUCAUGACAAUUUGUAAAGAUGGUUUUGCAAAUGUUGACUUUUUAGCCAAAAUAUAGUUAAUGAAUGACGAACCAAUACGCAGUAGCUUACUUGUAGAUGAACGCAGCCUAGUUCUCAGUUUGGCGACUAACACCAAUAGAUACUUUGUACUCGUAAGUAUUUAUACAAUAAAUUGGUCUUAGCAGAGUGACUGUCUGUCAAUUUAUCUACAAAGAAUAUAAAAGUAUAUAAUUGCGUUUCAUUCCCAGAAGCAUUUAUUUAUUGUUGUUUUAACUACCUAACAUUACCGCUUUUGUAAAUUAUAAUAUAAAUUUUAUAGAAGAGAUCUAUUUUUAUUGUGAAGUUGAACUACUGGAUGUAAGUGAGAUGACCUAUUGCGAAAUCAAGUUUUUUGAUUUGGAAUGUUAUUUGUUAAAUGUUUUACUUAUUUCUGGUAUCUAUUUUCACCAAAAGUGCUCAUCGCUAUCAAGAAAAUUAGAGAAAAUGCAUUAAAACAAUGAAGAAAACUGC